GGUAGUGAGAGGGUGUGAAUGAAGAGGAUUUUUAUUCAAGUGUAUUUUGAAGUGUAGCAGACUGCUGUUGGAUGACUGAACCGGUUGACAGUGGAGUGGACUGACUAACUUUCUGAGUGAGAUUUCAGAGAGAGGGAAGAGGAGAGAGAGGGUUGCUCUGGAGUGAAGAAAAUUUGCACUACACAAAGAGAGAGAGAGAGAGUGAGGGAAGAGGAAAUAGGGACGGGGGAAGAGUUAGUGACACGGAAAUAAACAGGAGAGAGAGGUAGAGAGAGAGAAAGAGGUGUAGAGAAAAGUGUACGGAGCUAAACAGUGAAUGUUGUAUCUUUUUCCCUAACAGCAGUGAGUGUUUUUAGAUGGAGGAAUAUAAGGUGACAGUUGCUACAGGCACAUCAGAGUAUUCCGGCACCAAUAACUACAUAUAUGUCACCCUGGUUGGAGAGAAUGGACAGAGUGAGAGAACAAUCCUGGACAACCCUGGACUGGACUUCUGUAGAGGAGCGGUGGAUGAGUACAAGGUGUGUAGCCCGGCCCCUCUGGGUCCUCUCCUCCUGGUUCGUCUGGAGAAGCAGCGUUACUGGGUGGAGGAUAACUGGUUCUGUCGCUAUGUCACUGUGGAGCCACCAGGUGGUGGUACAGCCCUCACCUUCCCCUGUUACCGCUGGCUCAUAGGAGACGUCAAGGUGGAGAUACGAGAAGGCACAGCGAAGAGACUCUCCGAUGAUACCUCUCCUCAGCUAUUGGCUCACAGAAAAGCAGAACUGCAGGAGAGACAAACGAUAUACAGAUGGGCUGCAUGGGCUUCUGGGAUUCCCAAGUGUAUCGAUGCCAAGACCGAAGCAGACCUGCAUCAGGACGUACGUUUUGACAGCGAGAAAAGGAGCGACUUUGAAGGCUCCUUACACUAUGCUAUUCUAGAGCUGUCUCUGAAGAAACUAGCCAUCAGGUUUGGAAAGUCAUGGGAUGAUCUGGAGGACUUUAAACGAUGCUUCUGGAAACUCAAAAGCCCCAUAGCUGAGUACUGUAUGGAGCACUGGAAGGAAGAUUGGUUCUUUGGGUACCAGUGUCUGAAUGGUUCAAACCCCCGCAUGAUCCAGCGCUGCAAGGAGCUUCCAGGAAACUUCCCCGUCUCUGGAGACAUGGUGCAGGGGUCGCUGGCACCCAGGACCACCCUGGACAAGGAGCUCAAGGCUGGUAACAUCUACUUGAUUGACUAUGCCAUUAUGGAUGGUGUUCCCACCAAUGUAAUCCGGGGGAAACCACAGUACAUCGCUGCACCUCUGUGUCUACUAUAUGAGCACCCUGACCAGGGACUCAUACCCAUUGCCAUACAGCUAGGACAGACUCCUGGCUUGGACACACCCAUCUUCCUGCCUAAUGACCCGCCCCUGGCCUGGCUAUUGGCUAAGAUCUGGGUCCGUCACUCGGAGUUCCAGGUGUUUCAGUUGCUGUCACACCUGUUGAGAACGCACCUGUUGGUAGAAGUGUUCUGUGUGGCUACGUUACGUCAACUUCCCGCUGUACACCCUGUAUACAAGCUCCUGGCUCCCCACCUGCGCUACACUCUGGAGAUCAACUGCAGGGGACGCACUCAGCUCGUCUCCGCUGACGGCAUCUUCAAAAGGGUGGUGUCUACAGGAGGGGAGGGCCUGCUCGUCUUGUCCCAGAGAGAGUACAAGGUCCUGACCUACCGCUCUCUCCAGCCCUGCUGGGACUUCCAACAGCGCGGAGCCACCACGCUCAGAGACUACUUCUACAGGGAGCACAGCCUCAUGCUGUGGGACGCCAUACACAGUUUUGUCUCAGGGAUGAUAUCUGUGUACUACCAUUGUGACAGUGAUGUGGUGGAGGACCCUGAGCUACAGACCUGGAUAAAGGACAUCGCUGAGGAGGGCUUUGUCGAUGUCCCCACGUUUGGCUUGUCCAACGAACUCAAAAACAAAGCAGAGCUGGUUACCUUGCUGAGUGUAGCCAUCUUCACGAGCACAGCACAGCACGCAGCCACCAACAAUGGACAGUUUGACUGGUGUGCUUGGGUACCCAACACCCCGUGCACCAUGCGUCACCCCACGCCAACCGACAAGGAUGCUGUUACCAUGGAGAUGAUCAUGGACAGCCUGCCUGAUGUCAGCCAAACAUGUUUGGAGAUGGCGAUCACAUGGCACCUGGGGCGGCCACAACCUGAUGCAGUCCCGUUGGGUCAGUAUCCAGAGCAGUACUUCACUGAGCCCCAGGCCCAGGAGGUGAUUGACAGGUUCAGAAAGGAACUGAAGGAUAUAGAGGAACACAUCCUGAGCCAGAACCAGGGACUGGAGCUACCUUACCUCUUCCUCCUGCCCAGUCGCAUCGAGAACAGCAUUACUAUAUAGAUUAGACCCCAAUGUCUUAUCACCAUUACUUUUUCACUAACUGAGGAGCAGGGCCGGACUAUCGCAUUUGGGGCCCCGGGGCCCUGCUAAGGAGCAUCCCACUGGGCACAGACGUCAGUUCAACUUCUAGUUUUGAUAUACAGUUUCAGUCAAAAGUUUGGACACACGUACU